ACGGAAACGUACGGAAUGAUGCCAUUGUUGCGCAACAGAGCAAUCGGAGAAGAGGAGAGUGAAGAGCGACGAGCAAUCGAAAAUCAAAAUUCAAUUCACUUGAUGAAGAAUAAGAAUGUCCAUUGAUAGAGUUUUGAGGUUUGUUAAUUACAGAAGAUUCUCCUCCACACCUGAAAUCCCCUCUCUUUAUUCCUUCCUUCAACCAACUUUGUUUUCUCUCAACAAACCCAAUUUUGAAGAACCCCAAAAUCUCCCAACUCCAACACCAAAGUCACUCUCCCUGACACCUCACCAAAUUAGCAGUCUCGAAACAACACUCCACAAAUCACUCCUCACUACUCAAACAGAUGAAGCUUGGAAAUCAUUCAAAACACUCACUACCCACAAUUCCUUCCCAUCUAAACCCCUCACCAAUUCCCUUCUCACUCACUUAUCCUCUCUCGCUGAUAUUCACAAUCUCAAAAGAGCUUUCGCUUCCACUCUCUUUCUCAUCCAAAAAAACCCUAACAUUCUCCAUUCACAAACUAUCCAUACCAUUCUUCUUUCCAUGAAAUCUGCCAACACUGCUUCCCCUGCUUUUUCACUUGUCACCUCUCUCUUCCGUAACAGAUUUUUCAUCCCUUUCCACUCGUGGGGCCCUGUUCUCGUUGAUAUUGCCAGGAACAAUAACAACCUUGCUGCUUUUUUGCCUCUUUUUGAACAUAAUUGCAGGGUUGCUUCCGAUGAGAAGCUUGAUUUCAUGAUACCUGAUGUUUCUGCUUGUAAUGCUGCUCUUGAAGCUUGCUGUUUUCACCUCCAAUCCGUUACCGAUGCUGACAGAGUCGUUGGAAUUAUGUCCAAUCUUCGUGUUAAACCUGAUGAGUUUAGUUUUGGAUUUUUAGCUUAUUUAUAUGCGCUUAAAGAAUUACAAGAUAAGAUAGAUGAGUUAAAAGUUUUGAUGGGUGAAUUUGGUUAUUCAAACAAUAAAUGCUUUUUUUCUAAUUUGAUUAGUGGCUACGUUAAGUCUGGUAAUUUAGCUUCUGCGGAGUUAACUAUUUUCAGUAGUUUGAAUGAUAGAGAUGGGGAAUAUUGGAAUUUUGAUAGAGACACUUUUUGUGUUCUUGUUAAGGAAUAUCUUCAGAAGGGGAAUGUUAAGGGUUUAGCUAAUUUGAUUAUUGAAGCUCAGAAGUUAGAGACUUCAAAUAUCAAAGUUGAUGACUCUAUAGGUUUUGGAAUUGUUAGUGCAUGUGUUAGUAUUGGACUAUCGGAUAAAGCACAUAGUAUUCUUGAUGAAAUGAAUGCUUUGGGAGGCUCUGUGGGUCUUGGUGUCUAUGUACCUAUUUUGAAAGCUUACUGUAAAGAAAAUCGAACUGCUGAGGCUACUCUAUUGGUGAUGGAGAUUAGUAGUUCAGGUCUUCGGUUGGAUAUGGCAACCUAUGAUGCUCUGAUAGAAACGUCCAUGUCCGGUCAAGACUUCCAAUCGGCCUUUUCGUUGUUUAGGGACAUGAGAGAGGCGAGGAUUCCUGAUUUGAAAGGGAGUUACUUAACUAUGAUGACGGGUUUGAUGGAGAACCAUCGACCUGAGUUGAUGGCAGCUUUCUUAGAUGAGGUGGUUGAGGAUCCUCGUAUUGAAGUAGGUACUCAUGAUUGGAAUUCUAUAAUUCAUGCUUUUUGUAAAUCCGGGAGACUGGAAGAUGCAAGAAGGACUUUCAGAAGGAUGAUGUUCCUGCAAUUUGAGCCUAAUGAUCAGACAUACUUGUCGCUGAUUAAUGGAUAUGUUUCGGCAGAGAAAUAUUUUGAUGUGAUGAUGCUGUGGAAUGAGGUUAAGCGCAAGUUACCGGUGGAUGGGCAGAAGGGGGUCAAAUUUGACCAGAAUCUAGUCGAUGCAUUCCUUUAUGCUAUGGUGAAGGGUGGUUUUUUUGAUGCUGUGAUGCAAGUUGUGGAGAAAUCUAAAGAGAUGAAAAUAUUUGUUGAUAAGUGGAGAUACAAGCAAGCAUUCAUGGAAACUCAUAAAAAGCUCAAAAUUGCCAGGUUAAGAAAAAAGAAUUUCAGAAAAAUGGAAGCGCUUAUUGCUUUCAAGAAUUGGGCUGGCUUAAAUGCAUGAACUGUAUGCACUGGUGGUGACUGACCGCUGCUUAUCUCAAGGAUUAAGCCAUCACUUCUUGAUAAAACAGCUGAAAAUGACAUUUGAGGAAGGAUUCAUUUCAACACAGCAUGCAUGUUCUCUCAAGAAGCGAACUUCGAUUUCACAUGUUCCGAGCUCUUCAAUUUUUACUUACUUCGGUAACAACAGAUGUUUGAGCCUGGCGGGUACCCCACAAUGUCCUAAUCUAUUUAUUGUUCUUGAUGCUAUACAAAGCAAUGAAUUGACAAUCUUAUAAUAAAUUUAGACUGCCAAGUGUAAUCAUUUUUACCAA